UUUUCUGGAACUGGGACUUCCUGUGGCAGUUCAUUUCCUGGUCGGCGGGGGCCGCGAGCGGAGGAAGGCUCGGCAUGGUCUCCCCCCGGCCAGCCCCAGCCUCCCUUGACGCUCUUCCACCUCCUCCUCCUCCUCCGCAGCGGCUCCCCCUCCUGCUCUGCCCGGCCGGCGGCGCUCCUCCGGCUGCCACUUUGGAGCGAUGCUGCAGGGCCGGAGCGGCGCCCGCAGCGGAAGCGGACAUGGUCUGAAUAACACCCAAGCUCUGCCUUCCUGGACUGGGCGAGAGGGAACAAAGCAUAUGACCUCUAAGGAAAAAGAAGAUAUUUUGCCGCAAAGGGAUUAAUUUUUGUCUUGCUUCAAGACGUCAAGAGCUGUGUACAUAGACACACACACAUAUAUAGAAUAGACACACAAACACACAAUUAUAUAUAUAUAUUUGGGGUGUUUGUGUGUCAUACUGGACUUGCUAAGCUAAAAGUGUUUAGGCUGCGCACUCUUGGAGCCAUGAAGAAGUUUUUUGACUCCCGGCGAGAGCAGGGUGGCUCUGGGGCCGGUUCUGGGACCCUCGGAGGGAGUGGCAGUAGCACUGGGCCUGGGAGUGGAUACAUAGGCCGGGUGUUCAACAUUGGGAGGUGUCAGGUGACUGUGGAUGAAGUUCUGGCGGAAGGUGGGUUUGCUAUUGUUUUUCUGGUGAGAACCAGCAAUGGAAUGAAAUGUGCCCUCAAACGAAUGUAUGUCAACAAUGAACACGACCUACAAGUCUGCAAACGGGAAAUUCAGAUCAUGAGGGACCUUGUGGGACACAAGAACAUUGUUGGAUAUAUUGACUCCAGUAUAAACUCUGUGAGCAGCGGGGAUGUCUGGGAAGUCUUGAUCCUCAUGGAUUUUUGCCGAGGAGGCCAAGUGGUGAACCUCAUGAAUCAGCGCUUGCAGACAGGCUUCACGGAAAGCGAAGUCCUGCAGAUCUUCUGUGACACCUGCGAAGCCGUGGCCAGGCUGCACCAGUGCAAAUCGCCCAUCGUCCACAGGGAUUUGAAGGUGGAAAAUAUCCUCCUGCACGAUCGUGGCCAUUAUGUGCUGUGUGACUUUGGAAGUGCCACCAACAAAUUCCAGAACCCUCAGCUUGAAGGAGUGAAUGCAGUGGAGGAAGAAAUCAAGAAGUACACCACACUAUCCUACAGAGCACCAGAAAUGGUCAACCUCUAUAGCGGCAAGCUGAUUACUACAAGAGCAGACAUCUGGGCCAUGGGCUGUUUGCUGUACAAACUCUGUUAUUUUACUUUGCCAUUUGGUGAGAGCCAAGUAGCAAUUUGCGACGGAAACUUCACCAUUCCUGACAACUCGCGCUACUCUCACGACAUGCACUGCCUCAUACGGUAUAUGCUGGAACCAGACCCUGACAAGAGACCUGAAAUUUACCAGGUCUCCUAUUUUGCAUUCAAGCUCGCUAAGAGGGAAUGUCCGGUCCAGAAUGUACAGAACUCUCCGAUCCCUGCCAAACUCCCAGAGCCAGUGAAAGCGAGUGAAGCUGCUGCUAAGAAGACCCAGCCAAAAGCCAGGCUGACAGAUCCUAUCCCCACGACUGAAACAUCCAUCACCCCACGCCAAAGACCCAAAGCUGGGCAGACACAACCAAACCCGGGGAUCCUGCCCAUCCAGCCUGCCCUGACUCCCAGAAAGAGGCCCACAGCACAGGUUGCUGCUCCAGCGCCUUUGGCCGGGGGUCAGGCCCCCCUCCCCACCAGCGUCCCACAGCCGAAAGCCCUGCCUCAGCCGACUCCGCCUCUCCCGCAAGCUCAGCCUAAGCAGCCGCCCCCUGUACAACCGCCUGCUGCCUCCCAACCGCAAGCCCCUCCAGCUCAGCCCCAGGCCGCCACCCCACAGCAUCAGCUGUUCCUAAAGCAGCAGCAGCAACAGCCGCCAGCGCAGCCACCAGCCACAUUUUAUCAGCCCCAAGGUCCUCAGCAGCAGCCGCAGCAGCAGCAGCCACAGCCUCCCCUGCAAGUUCAACAGAUCCAAGUGGCACCCCAGGCACCGCAGCCGCCAGUGAAGCCACAGUUUCCAGUGGCGCAGCAGGGAGUGCAACCGCAGCCUGUGCAGAAUUACAUGCAGCAGCAGCAACUGCUGGCACAACAGGGGCCCGUCCCACAGAAAGCAGCUGCAGGGCAACAGAAGCCGUCGGCUCAGAUCCUUCCCCAACCGCAGGUGCAGCAGGUGGCGGCACAGCCAGUCCCUGUGCAGGAUCAUCCGCAAGCGCCUCCACGACAUCAAAGGAUCCCCACCACCCCGCCGUCAGCUGUCCAGGGACAGAAGGUGGGCUCCCUCACUCCCCCGUCCUCCCCCAAGACUCAGCGAGCGGGACACCGGAGGAUCCUGAGUGACGUGACGCACAGCACUGUCUUUGGGGUCCCAGCCAGCAAAUCAACACAGCUUCUGCAGGCAGCGGCUGCUGAGGCCAGCCUCAACAAGUCCAAGUCUGCCUCAACAACGCCUUCUGGAUCCCCCAGGACAUCACAGCAAAAUGUCUACAAUCCACCAGAUGUCUCUACCUGGAACCCUUUUGAUGACGACAACUUCUCCAAGCUCACAGCAGAGGAGCUGCUGAACAAGGAUUUUGCAAAACUGAGUGAUGGUAAACUUCCAGAGAAGCUGGGUAGCUCAGCAGAGAAUCUGAUCCCAGGCUUUCAACCGGCUCCUUCCACAACACAGGCAGAUGCGUUUGGCUCAUCUUCUCUUGCACCUGUGUCAGCUGAAAAAACAAAAGAUAUCCUGGACUCUAGCCCUCCACUUCUGGCUGUUCCCGAUCCUUUCAUUCCUCUUCCACUAUCAGAUACACCAGAAAAACUGAUUGAGGGCCUCAAAUCUCCUGAGCCUGCACUUCUCCUCCCUGAUAUCCUGCCUCUCGCUGAUCCCUUCGGUAGCACCCCUGAUGCUGUGAAUGGAAAAGCUGAACUAACAGUUGAGAGUCUCAUCCCAGGCCUUGAGGCUCCUGUGUCGCAGCAUAUAUCAUCGCAGACAGACUCUGUGACUUCAAACAGAGCAGAUUCUGUCACUGGGGAGGACUCCCUGCUUGACUGCUCUCUGCUUUCUAAUCCUGCUGCUGACCUUCUGGAUGAGUUUGCUCCUUUAGCCGUUUCAACCCAAGCUCACAAAGAAGAUACUAACCUGAUCUCUGGCUUCGAUGUCCCUGAGGGCUCUGAAAAGGUGGCAGGAGACGAGUUUGACCCCAUCCCUGUGUUGAUAUCCAAAAAUUCACAAGGUCUUCAGGGGGAGCCAACCAUCUAUUUUGUGGUCAGCACUGAGCACGGUCCUGGAGUGUCUGCUGUUGGCUGCUUCCCGGUGAAGAAACGGCAGCCUGAGAUGCUGGAUGGAAGAUCACGGAGCGCGGAACACGGAGAAGAAUCGGAGUACUUAUCGAGGGAUGGUCCUUCCAGCAACAGCUCUUUCCACAGCAGUGAAGGGGAAGGGACGGACCACGAGGGGGACAUCUUGGACUGCAGCGGAUCCAGGCCUCUGCUGAUGGAUUCCGAAGAGGAAGAGGAAGCUUAUAAACUGAACCCUCAGCAUCUGGAAAGGGGUAGCAUUCCCCAAGAAGACCUUAAUCUGCAAGUUCCCCAGAGCAUGGGGGUGCAGCUUGAUGCUUUCCAACAACCCCCCGGAGGAGCUUCGGACGAGAGAGACGUCUUUGCCACAGCUCCAUUCCGAAGCUCCAUGACUCUUCACGACGACCUGGACAUCUUCGCCAAAGCGCCCUUCGUCUUCAAGGGCCACGGGCUGGCGAAGCAGCAGGAUGAGGGCGACGUCUUCCUGCGGGCUCCCUUCACGAAAAAGAAGAGCCAGGAAGAGUUUAUGCCGCACAGCGAGGCAAAGGAAUCUCCUGUCCCGGUGGGGUUCUUGGGCUCUGCUCCACAGUACACCUUUAACGCUUCCUUCCAGAACCUAGAUACAGGGCUGCAUGGCUCUCCUCUCUCGCAAAGUCAGUAUCCUGUGGCCUCGCUGCCCCAGCCAUCCGGUGCUCUCCCUCAUUCUGCCAGAGCAAGCGAAGGCCCCGAUCCUCCCAAAGAUGCAUCUCAAGAGCUGAGCAGCAUCCCCAAUGACACACUCCAAGCGCACACACUCCCCCAAGACGUCCUCUUGGGUUUGAAGGCCAACCAGCCUUUCCGUCCACAGUCAUUGGCAAAGUAUUCCCGUCACUACAGCCCAGAAGGGGACCAGGGUGUCGGCGCCCAGCCCAUCGCAGCUUACAAAGUGGUGUCUCAGACCAACAAGCAAGCCAUAGCGGGGUCCGUUUCUAUCGCCUCUCUUUCUUCCAGGACUAAAGAGCUGCCCAGCUCUGACCCAUUCUCCUCAGCCCCCUUUCCUUCUAAACUGGGAAAGCAGAAACCCUAAAUGGUUUCCAUUGUGACAGAAGGAGGAGGCAAGGCUUUGAAUGCGUUAUCAAGAGCCUACAAGCCCUUUGGGCAAAAUUCACUCCGUACGUACCUAGAAUGUCGAAACUACAGUUGCUGUGAUACUCACCUGAAUCAUAUGAAGCUGGUUUCAGGCUGUGAACGACUUCCAGGCUGUAAGGUUUAUCACUUGCUUUUUAGAUGCUCUUUCCCUCCCCACACUCCAAGUUUCCUCCCAGUGGGUCUUUUGUUUUUGUUUGGUUUUGGGUAAUUAUUUAAGCCAGGGAACACAUGGGACAGAACUGAUUACCUCUUGAUAGUAGCACCCACUAAGGAUUACGGAACAUAUCAACAGCACACCAAGAAUGUUUCAGAAAUGCUAGCUAGGUGGGACAUUAUUUAAUUUUUCUAAGCAAGAGAGAAGGAUAAGCACACUUUUAUUUUAGUUGCUACUAAUGAAUCUUCCCUUAAAACCCGUAACUGUCAGUUUGUAACAGAAGUCUUGUUCUGCAAUGUGUGUUUAAGCCCUCCCCACAAAAGGCAAUUAAUGUCUGGGUGUCAUAA